CUAGAAUGGAAGUUCCUCUUCUUGGACCACAGGGCUCCUCCUAUAAUAGGAUAUCUACCUUUUGAAGUGCUCGGUACUUCUGGAUAUGAUUAUUAUCAUGUGGAUGAUCUGGAGAAUCUUGCAAAAUGCCAUGAACAUUUGAUGCAGUAUGGAAAAGGCAAGUCUUGUUACUAUCGUUUCCUUACAAAAGGGCAGCAAUGGAUAUGGCUGCAGACGCGGUACUAUAUCACCUAUCAUCAGUGGAAUUCUAGGCCAGAGUUCAUUGUUUGUACGCACACUGUAGUAAGUUAUGCAGAGGUUGGUGCAGAGAGAAGGCGAGAGCAGGGUAUGGAAGAUUCACCACCUGCCAUCAUCUCAGAUAAAAACCAAGACUCUGUCUCAGACAGUCGCAUGCAUAAAGACAGCCUAAAGGAUGCUUUGGAAAGGUUCGAUGACAGCAGGACACCAUCACCAUCAUCAAAGAGUUCCAUCAAGUCAUCGUCUCACACAGCUGUGUCUGAUCCAUCAUCAACGCCUACUAAGAUUCCAACUGAUACCAGCACUCCUCCACGACAAGCUUUAUCUGGGUUGGACAAGAGAAGGUCAUCGAUUAGCAGUCAGUCAAUAAGUUCCCAGUCUCUUAACCAGUCAUUAACACAGCCAGUACAGAAGCAGCAAGCGACUUCCAUCCUACAGCCUGGGAUGACACAGCCCAUUUUUCAGUUCACUGCACAAUUUGGAGCCAUGAAGCACUUAAAGGACCAACUGGAACAAAGAACACGCAUGAUAGAAGAGAAUAUUCACCGACAACAGGAGGAGCUGCGAAAAAUCCAGGAACAGCUACAGAUGGUCCAUGGGCAAGGCUUUCAGAUGUUUUUGCAGCAAUCUACGCCUAGUCUAAACUUUGGGCCGGUGCAGACAUCCUCUGGAAACGGCUCCAACAUGCCACAACUGCCACAGCUUACCAUGCAGGGUCAGGUGGUUCAAACCAACCAGCUGCAGGGAGGCCUGAACACCAGCCACAUGGGAGGCUCUCACAUGCUGCAACAGCAGCCUUUACAGAACACCAGCCAGCAGGGGCAGCAGAACAUGCACAGUGGGCACUCUCAGCAGACCUCAAUGUCCAGCCAGACACCCGGGUCACUGGCUGCUCCUCUCUACAACACCAUGGUAAUCUCACAGCCAUCUACUGCUAACAUGGUACAAAUGCCAUCCAACAGGCAACAGACUAACCAG